UGCACCAAUCUCUAUCUGUUAAAAAGAAAACACAAAAAGUCUUCCAUUCCUUGCUUUCAGUUCUGUGUUCUGCUGUGUUGUGUUGUGAGGAUCAAUUCAACAACUCAGAAACCAAAAGAUCAAAACAAAGAAAUCCAAAGAUGCUUGCUGUUUUUGGCAAAUCUGUAGCCAAGAGUCCAGAGGGUCUGCAGAGUCCUCAAUCCAGCUCUGUUUCAGCAAUCAAAGAUGGGUUUUUGGCCAAACACUUCACCUCUGUUUACCCUUCUUCUGUCACCCUCAAUCUUGUCCCUUCGGCUCUCUUGGCAUAUUCCAUUGAUAAACAUAAUCCACUGCUCCCAAGGCUAUUUGCAGUGGUGGAUGACAUCUUCUGCUUGUUUCAAGGCCACAUUGACAAUGUUGCUCAUCUUAAGCAGCAAUACGGAUUGAACAAAACAGCAAAUGAGGUGAUCAUUGUCAUAGAGGCUUACAGGACACUACGAGAUCGAGGUCCCUACCCUGCUGAUCAGGUUGUGAGAGAUUUCCAAGGCAAAUUUGCAUUUAUCCUGUUUGACAGCAGUUCUAAAACUGCCUUUGUUGCUUCUGAUUCUGAUGGGAGUGUUCCCUUCUUUUGGGGAACUGAUGCUGAUGGAAAUCUUGUUCUUUCAGAUGAGACGGGGAUUGUAAGUAAGAGCUGUGGGAAAUCUUUCGCUCCAUUCCCUAAAGGAUGCUUCUUUACAACAUCUGGUGGUCUGAGGAACUUCGAGCAUCCGCUUAAUGAGUUGAAGCCGGUACCGAGGGUUGACAGUUCUGGUCAGGUGUGUGGUGCAACUUUCAAGGUGGAUGCUGAAACUAAGAAGGAAACAACUGGCAUGCCAAGAGUUGGGAGUGCUGCUAACUGGUCUUCUAAUUACUGAUUGCAGCUCUAUUUUGUUUGAACUACUAAGGCUUUUAUAAAUCUGUAUUUAGUUGAAUUUUCCAGCUUUAUGCAUCAUCUGAUCCCAUUUACAAGUUGCUUGCAAUCAAAUAUUAAACUGAUAAUCUUUCUUGGCGUAUCUCAACUUGAGUACUAGUUCUUCCUGAAA